GCGCCUGUGCAAUAUUCUUCUACCAGCAACUGCACCCGACCCGAGUCAUAACAAUCGUCUAAAUAAAUAAUUUUGACCAAAGGUAAACUGGUCAUUAAAACCAGCCUUUGCGUGGAUUCUUGGUUUUCUCGAUAACCAAACAAAAAGGCUAAAUAGUCUGAAGACAUGUUUUGAAAAUUAUAAAUUCAUGGAGGAUAACACGGUUAUCAAUAUCCACCCUGCCGAAGAUUCGGUGAAAAUGGGCGAUUUUGUACCGAAGAGGGUUUUUUUGCCCAAAAUAUAGGGAAUGAUUUAACUGGUCGAAAAGGACGAACAGUAUCGCAUUUCCCGAAACGUGAAGUGACACAUUCACUCCCACGUUGGAUACUAGCUAGUCAGCUACGCCACUGUCCACAUAUUGCUAGUUAGUUCACCACUACUCCAACCAUCUUCCGAUUCGGAUCGAUCCGCUACGGCUAGUAACAUCACCAACUCGGCUGCUAGCUAGCUACUACUAGCUUGCUAAAUUAGUUAGGGUAACAUUUGUUGCCACCAACAACGUCAGUUCGGAACUUGGAAAAAUUUACAUCUGCCAAAUCAACGCAAGCUUGCUAGUUAGCGUUUGAAGUAUCUUUGGGUUCGUGCAUUUUGAGCUUUUUUUAAACUAUCGGUGUCCCGAAAGAGCAAGCCUGCUAGCUAACGAUAGCGACUUGUUUCGGCAGCUGGAGACGGCUAGCUAGCAGCUAUCAACAUCUGUACACUGCCGAUGCAAUGGUCGCAUUGUUAACUGUUUUGGUAGAGGAAUGCUCAUUUGGUGGAUAUUCUGAGGCAGCGGGCCGCACAGAAUAUUGCACCUCUCAGUUCCAACCACAGGCCACACUAUAUACUGCUUUGAUGUGAGAAGUGGCCGUGAACACACAACGCUCACUGGCUGCAAGAUAGCGCACGAAGACCGGCAGCUGAAGCCAUGCAAGCGGCCCAGGUUCAGUACGACUUUUUCAGCGAGGAGAACGCACCGAAAUGGCGGGGGCUAUUGGUACCCUCCCUGAACAAGGUGCUGAGCCAGGUACAUCCCAAAUUGUCAUCCCAGGAGGAUGCACUGCAGUACAUUGAGGAGCUGAUCCUACUGCUGCUCAGCAUGCUCUGCCAGGCACAGCCACGCAGCGUGCAGGACGUGGAGGAGCGAGUGCAGAAGAGUUUCCCUCACCCUAUCGAUAAGUGGGCUAUCGCCGACGCGCAGGCAGCCAUCGAAAAGAGGAAGAGGAGGAAUCCUUUGGCCCUGCCAGUGGAUAAGAUCCACCCGCUGCUCAAGGAGGUACUAGGGUACAAGAUUGACCACCAGGUGUCGGUGUACAUCGUGGCCGUGUUGGAGUACAUCUCAGCAGACAUCCUGAAGCUGGCAGGGAACUACGUGAGGAACAUCCGCCACUACGAGAUCUCCCAGCAGGACAUCACCGUGGCCAUGUGUGCCGAUAAGGUUCUGAUGGACAUGUUCCACCAGGAUGAGGAGGACAUCAGCGGUUUCCCCCUGAUGGACGAGGAGCCGUCCACCAGCGAGGAGCAGACCUACUACGACCUGGUCAAGACCUUCAUGGCAGAGGUCCGACAGUACCUGCGCGACCUCAACCUCAUCAUCAAGGUGUUCCGCGAGCCAAUCGCCUCCGACGCCAAGCUCUUCUCCCACCAUGAUGUGGAGAACAUCUUCAGCCGCAUCGUGGACAUCCACGAGGUCACCCUCAAGCUGCUGGGCCUCAUUGAAGACACGGUGGAGAUGACAGAUGAGGGGAGCCCACACCCGCUGGUGGGCAGCUGCUUCGAAGACCUGGCCGAGGAGCUGGCCUUCGACCCCUAUGAGACGUAUGCUCAAGACAUCCUACGGACUGGCUUCCACGAUCACUUCCUCAGCCAGCUGUCUAAACCGGGAGCUGCCUUCUACCUCCAGUCUAUAUGCGAAGGCUUUAAGGAAGCAGUCCAGUACGUCCUGCCCCGGUUACUCCUGACACCUGUCUAUCAUUGUCUCCACUAUUUUGAGAUCUUAAAGCAACUGGAGGAGAAAAGUGAGGACGAGGAGGACAAGGAGUGUCUGAAGCAGGCCAUCACGGCGCUGCUCAAUCUGCAGAGUAGCAUGGAGAGGAUCUGCUCCAAGAACAUGGCCAAGAGGAGGCUGAGCGAGUCGGCCUGCCGCUUCUACAGCCAGCAGAUGAAGGGCAAGCACCUGGCCAUCAAGAAGAUGAACGAGAUCCAGAAGAACAUUGAUGGCUGGGAGGGCAAGGACAUCGGCCAGUGCUGCAACGAGUUCAUCAUGGAGGGGACACUGACACGCGUGGGCGCCAAACACGAACGGCACAUCUUCCUCUUCGACGGCCUGAUGAUCUGCUGCAAGUCCAACCAUGGCCAGCCGCGCUUGCCUGGCGCCUCGUCCACCGCUGAGUACCGCCUCAAGGAGAAGUUCUUCAUGCGCAAGGUGCAGAUCAACGACAAGGACGACAAGGAGGGCGAGUACCGGCACGCCUUUGAGAUCAUCCUCAAAGACGGCAACAGCGUGGUGUUCGCCGCCAAGUCAGCCGAGGACAAGAAUGGCUGGAUGGCGGCGCUCAUCUCGCUGCAGUACCGCUCGACGUUGGAGCGCAUGCUGGACUCGGCCAUGCUGCAGGAGGAGAAGGAGGAGCAAAUGAGGCUGCCCGGGGCGGAGCUUUACCGGUUCGCCACGCCCGACUCUGAGGAGAACGUGGUGUUCGAGGAGAACGUGCAGUCCAAGUCGGGCAUCCCUAUCAUCAAGGCGGGGACAGUGCUCAAGCUCAUCGAAAGGCUCACCUUCCACAUGUAUGCAGAUCCAAAUUUUGUCCGAACAUUUCUAACAACCUACAGGUCCUUCUGCAAACCUCAGGAGCUGCUGGGUCUUCUUAUGGAGAGGUUUGAAAUCCCAGAGCCAAAGCCCACAGAGGCAGACCAGAUGGCCAUAGAAAACGGAGACCAACCUCUCAGCGCCGAACUCAAACGAUUUCGCAAGGAGUUUGUCCAGCCAGUCCAACUCCGAGUACUGAAUGUAUGUCGCCACUGGGUGGAGCACCACUUCUAUGACUUUGAGCGGGACUGCCAGUUACUGAAGCGUCUGGAGGAGUUCAUUGCAUUGGUGCGAGGCAAGGCCAUGAAGAAGUGGGUGGAGUCCAUCACCAAGAUCAUCCAGAGGAAGAAGCAGGCGCAGGCCAACGGGCCCAGCCACAACAUCACCUUCGAGACCUCGCCGCCACCCAUCGAGUGGCACCUCAGUAAGCCGGGCCAGACAGACCAGUUUGACCUCAUGACCCUCCACCCCAUUGAGAUCGCCCGGCAGCUCACACUGCUCGAAUCCGACUUCUACAGGGCGGUGCAGCCAUCAGAGCUGGUGGGCAGCGUGUGGACGAAGGAGGACAAGGAGCUGAACUCUCCCAACCUUCUGCGCAUGAUCCGCCACACCACCAACCUCACGUUGUGGUUCGAAAAGUGUAUCGUAGAGACGGAGAACCUGGAAGAGCGGGCAGCGGUGGUGGCGCGUAUCAUCGAGAUCCUGCAGGUGUUCCAGGAGCUCAACAACUUCAAUGGCGUGCUGGAGGUGGUCAGCGCCAUGAACUCUUCGCCUGUCUACCGGCUAGACCACACCUUCGAGCAAAUUCCAAGCCGACAGCGGAAGAUUCUGGAGGAGGCCCACGAACUGAGCGAGGACCACUACAAGAAGUACCUGGCAAAACUACGCUCCAUCAACCCCCCCUGUGUCCCCUUCUUUGGGAUCUACUUGACGAACAUCCUGAAGACGGAGGAAGGCAACCCUGACUUCCUGAAGAGGCAUGGCAAGGAGCUGAUCAACUUCAGCAAGCGACGGAAAGUGGCCGAGAUCACCGGGGAGAUCCAGCAGUACCAGAACCAGCCCUACUGCUUACGGGUGGAGAGCGAUAUCCGGAAGUUCUUUGAAAACCUCAAUCCAAUGGAGGACAAGGCAGAGAAGGAGUUUGCUGACUAUCUGUUCAACAAGUCGCUGGAGAUCGAGCCUCGGAAUGCCCGGUCGUUGCCUCGAUUUCCCAAGAAGUACAACUGCCCGCUCAAGUCGCCCGGCGUGCGCCCGUCCUCGGUGCGCCCGGGCACCAUGCGCCACCCGACGCCACUGCAGAACGAGCCACGCAAGAUCAGCUACAGCCGCAUCCCUGACAGCGAGAUGGAGAGCGCCGCCUCUGCGCCCAACUCGCCGCGCACGCCCCUCACGCCGCCGCCGGCCUCGGCCGCCUCCAGCUCCACGGACAUCGGCAGCGUGUUCGACUCGCCCCAGGGCCCCUCCAGCCCCUUCCACUCCAACUGCGACAGCAUCUUUGCCCCGGUCUCUUUACCACACGGCCCACGGUCCUCUUCAGUUUCCUCCAUGGUGAGUCUCCACAGGAGCACUGAAGACGCCACCGUCCCCCCGCCUGUGCCCCCUCGCAGACGCCCCGAAUCCGCCCCCGCUGAAUCUUCCCCUUCGAAGAUGAUGUCCAAGCACUUGGACAGCCCCCCCGCCAUCCCUCCGCGGCAGCCCACCACCACCAAGGUCUACUCGCCGCGCUACUCGCUCUCGACCGAGCGCACCUCCUUGUCGGAGCCGCCUGACAGCCCACCCACACUGCCACCGCGGGAGCCCGUGAGAACGCCGGACGUCUUCUCCAGCUCCAACAGCCCCCUGCACCUGCAGCCACCCCCGCAGGGCCGCAUCCGCAGCAGCGAACCCACGCUGAGCCAGACCUUCUUCCCUCCCUCGCCGUUCGGCCCGCUCACCCCGCCACCACCCCCGACUCCCUCGCCCUCGCUGGGGCCGCGCAAGCACCUGCCCUCCCCGCCCUUGACUCAGCCCUACUCCCUCCGGGGGUGCAGCUGGCCCCCUGUGCCCCCCCGCCAGAGCACCAGCAGCGCUGCUGCCCAAGCCAUCCCCAAGCUCCCCAAAACGUACAAAAGGGAGUCGGUGUCAUACCCGUCCCUUGCGCAUCGAGACGGCCCGCCCCUGCUGGAGAAUGCCAACCCCUUUUAAAAAGACUUGUGUAUGUGAUCUGGGGGAAAUUAUUGAACACUAAAGACUUGGACAAAAAACAACAUUAAUUGUGAUGUUGACUUUGAGAAGAAAAAAAAGACAAUACCAGUGUAGAUUCUUAGCUACCUGGAAAAAUAAUCAUGUGCCCUUAUAAAAAAAAAAAUACUUAAACGAAAGAUGAUUGUCCUUUUUCAUUCGUGCAGACCAUUUGGAGAUUCCCUAUAAAAAUCCUUUUGGGGGGGGGGGUCUUACUGUUUUGUUUUGUUGUAUGUGUUUGUAUGUACAGUAUGUCCUUUGUCAUCGUCCAAUGUUUAUUUCAUUUUUAUUUGUUAAGUGAAUCGAUUGCAGCAUUACUUGUCUAUGAGCUCGGUGGCCUACCCAUGCACAUACAGCUUGAACCGUAGUAAACCAUGAACCAGGACCACACAAGUCCACCGCACGCUGGAGGACGGAACGAUAAAGACUGCAACCCAGUUUGAACAGACUCCAGGAGAAAUCCACAGACUUAAUAGUGUUUUAACUCCCUGUGUAUGGGCUAAACGAUCUACUAAAGUGGCCCAUAUUGACCAGAGAGGACUCUAGCUUUCACGGUGUUGCAAACCCAUUCAACUCGCCCAUAACAAAUCUCUGUUGUUCAAUCCACCUCACUCAGAUGGAAAAAGGGACUUGGGAAAUCAUGUUGUUAGAUUAGGUUUUAAGGCUUUGUGUAGAGACUCAGUCCGGAGCGAGCUUCUUUUUUUUGUGCCAGUAGAUCGACCAGAGUACCGUGAUUUAAGGCAGGGUUUCCCAACCUCGGUCCUGGGUGCAUGUUUAGUUGUUUUUGCCCCAGCACUACACAGUUGAUUCAAAUAAUUCAAGCUUGAUGAUGAGUUUGUUAAUUGAAUCAGAUGUGUAGUGCUAGGGCAAAAAAACUAAAUGUGGGGGGUCCAGGACUGAGUUUGGAAAACCCUGAUUUAAGGUACCCAUCCACACCAAAGAGGUACUUUUCAAGAAACACAAGAAGUGAUUGUUCUUAAGUUUGUGUUAGUACUUUUAUGUUCUGAUUCAUUUCUGCCAAUGAGUAUGUAAAGAUAAUUACGAUUUGACUUCUUUAAACAAGGGAAUAAAAGUGUUUCUACCACUCUA